AUGAAUAUUACACUGAGUAUUAGCCCAGGACCAUUAGUACUCAAGACCAACGAUCUUCAUCUGAAGUACAGUUGUUCCUGUUAUGCUAAAGGAUAUCUUUUGAACUAUGAAAACUAUGAACUGAAAAUUGAUGAUGGCAGAUUGGAGUUUAAAGUUAAUUCAUCAUCUCUGUUCAACGACAACUGUCCAUUAGCUUUCAAAUUUAUUGAUACUUUUACAGAUGAAGUGAAGACUGUGAACGUUUAUAAUGGAGUAGCAUCGACAAGUAAUAUUGAACGAGGAAAAUACAAAAUGAGGUUUAUUCUAGAUGGAAUGCUCGGGCGUAAAUUUCCAAAUUAUUUCAGUGAUAUAAAAGUUACUUUUAAAGGAAUGUGCCUCUCUUUUCCAUGUCGAGACUCAUCAAUUUGCCAGCAACAUGAGGAAAAGACAUACAAAUGCUCUUGCCCGCCAGGUCAAAUUCUGAAAGGCAUCGAAUGCUACAAUGAAUAUCCAUGUAUAGAUAAUCCAUGUGGCAAUGGUGUAUGCACAAGAAUUGAAACAAGCACCAGUGUACAUCAUGAUUGUACAUGCUAUCGUGGUUUCUAUAAAGCACACAGCACUUGUUUGCGCGAUCCAUGUAAUGAUAAUCCAUGUGGUCGUAAUUACGAAUGUAAGGUCAUCGAAUUGGACUCGGGCAUUCGCCAUAUUUGUGAUUGUAAUCCUGGGUUUUUUGUGACAACAGAUUUGACAUGCGAGUUUGAUCCGUGUUUUAAUAAUCUGUGUGGGAAUGGUACAUGCGAUAGGAUAAAAACUGAUUCUGGCAUCGAGCGCAUAUGCCAAUGUUAUGAUGGUUUCUACAACUUUGAGAAUACUUGCAAGCCUAAUCCAUGCUUGAACAAUCCUUGUAUGAAUGGAAUUGGAAUUUGCAUUAUAAAUGAAGCUGUGGAAUGCAAUUAUGAGUGCAGUUGUUUUACUGGUUUCUAUGCCACAAAAGAUACAUGCAGACCUGAUCCAUGUUUCAAUAUUCCAUGCGGCGUGGACAGAGGCAUAUGCGAGAGAAAUGAAGAUUCCGGCCAUAACUGUCGAUGUUUUGAAAGAUUCCGUCUUGUUGAAAAUACCUGCUUGAUUGAUCCAUGCUAUAAUAAUCCGUGUGGAAAUGGCACGUGUACCAUUAUUGCCAAUAGCAGCCAUUCUUGCGAUUGUUAUCCUGGUUAUGAGGCUGUAAAUGAUACAUGCAACCGAAACUAUUGCUUUGAUAACCCAUGUCGCCCAGGAAACUGCACUGUGAAGGACAACAGUUUUACAUGUAACUGCCCUUCCUCCUACCAAUUAAUAGAUGGAAAAUGCCUGGAAAAGGAGAGUAUUGUGAUGCAUGCGGUAGUUGGACUGGCAGGUGGCUUGACAGGUCUUUUUCUCAUACUUGUAUUUUUUUAUGUAAAGAAGUGCUGUCCUCCUCAUAUUGAUGAUCCAGAGCUUAAAAAAGUUUCAUCUUUUGAUAAACUUAUGCUGGAAGACUUAAAAUCACGCACUUCAACUGGCUCCUCACUUGCCCCAAGCUCAAGUGAACAUUUUUCUGAACAAACAACAAUCUCGUUCACUAACGGACAACCACUGCAACCCAUAAGUUGCAGCAGUAAAUAUCCUCCUGAUUCAAAUGGUGUUUUGACGUCCACAUAUCCGUACAACCAUUGCCACGAAACAUGCAGGUUGCCCUGUAGAAUUCAUCAGCCACGUUUUCAAGAGAAUUGGCCAAGAGCAGAAGAUAUCCAGCAUUAUCCUCACAGUGAGGAGGAAACAUUCAACUGGCAAACCCAAGUUCAGUAUCCCAGAUAUAUUUCCAUUGAUUCACAACCUUCGACUAGUAAUCAUGCCAGUGUUGAAUAUUGUACUGAUAGAGAAAGCUCUUUGUAAAGUUAUUUUACCAUUGAUGUGUCAUUAAUCUGUUCUAUAAAUCCGAGCACCACACUGCAUCGUACGACGAAUGUAGAAUCAUUGACCGAUCAAUCCAUCUCUCUACUCUGUAUGGUUACUUGACAACGCAACGUUGUCUGCUGAUUGUCAAUGGCAUGGUUUGCUAUGGAAUCAGCGAUCAAUGACUGCCAGCAUGGUGCAUGUCCAGCCAAGAAGCCAUGCUUUUCUAGUAAUAUUAAAAGCCUAUACAAUCUGACUUUAUUUUUUAAGAAGAUAUUUGUAGAUGUGCAUGUACGGGAGGGGUGGGGGCGGGUGUGAGUACUAUGUUACUUUAUUAUUAAAAGCAAGUUUGUUAAAAUGUAUUAUUACUAUUAAAAAGGCUAUUAGUAGACUAGCAUACUUUUGGUUUUGUUAAAAGCAGCCUUAGGUCACUAGUAUUAUCUGAACAUAGGGCUGCAUAUGGUAAAUGGGUUUUUCAGAUUAAUUCAUGAAUGUUUACCAAGAUAAAUCUGCUAGUGCCAGGUUUAGCAGAAAAAGAAUGAAUGGAAUCGUCUGUCCUAACACAGUGUAUGUAAUUGAUACAUAUUACGUAAUCAUCCUCAUUAUUUUUUUGGUUUUAGAUUGUGAAGGGACCUCCUAAUUUUAUUUUGUAAUCUAGAAACAGCAAAUUACAAAGAGAAUACAAAGACAAAUACUGUAUAUACAAAUAUACAAAUAAGGUUUCAUUAAUAACUUAAUGGGAUUACUAAAAGUAAAACAAAACACUGUUGAUUGGCUUUCAAAGAUGGAACACACUACCUGUAAACAGUUAAGAAUAUACUUAUUAUAUAUGAAUGUAAAAAUUUAAAUUUCAUAUAAUUAUUUGAAAAUAACCGCAAUUAAGAAUGAAAAACAAUUAUAAUUGGAAUGAACCAUUUAAAAACUUUGCAUUAACACACUGACUGCCAUACCUUUUUUUAAGGUUCCUUCCUGAGUGCCCAAACAAGUUUACGUGUACGAACAUACUUUUUUUGAAAUUUUAAAGAUGAUGCGUCUAAUAAACUCGUCGAUGGCACUGUGAUAGCACUCUUUCUUGAUAAUGCCAAGUGCGAGUUUUUUCGUCCGCUUUUGCAUGGGUUGGUAUAAGUUCCAAGGGCGCACCCACUUGUGCUGCUCGAGUGUACUACCGGCAACAUAACACAACAAACAUACAUACAUCAUUCAAAAUAUACAUCCCUGACAAGUGGGAAGUGGACGUGGGUGGACGUAUCUCAACAUAUCUCGAAAGUGGUGCAUAGGAGCAAGUCUCCAAAAACUAUGACAAUUUCGUGUCUACUAUCUUUUUUCUCUCUUUUUUAGAAAUAUGCAUUCCCUCCCCCUCUCCUGAUUGGAGGAGUUACCUAUUGAAAAGUACUACAUUAUAUACAGUUCAAAGCUAGCUGAAUUUUUGAGUUUAUUGUACUUUGAAAAUCAUAGCAUUAUGUUUAAUUCAGUGGGGCUAGCCCAUUUUAGCUAGGUUAUUACAAGGUGUCUUGAAUGUUGUUCAAGAAAGCAGGGAUUUUUAAACACAUUGUGUGAUUUAAAAUCAGAACAGGGUUGACGUAUGUUUUGAGUGUAUAUAAAAAAUGUGUAAAGAAAAACAAAUGCAUGUGCCUUCAAAAGGAGGUUAUACACAUAUACUACCAUAAGGGGAAACUAUAACAAUGGAAAGGGUUAGAAAUAAUACCUUAAGGCGAAAAUACUGCCGCUAAGGGGAAAUU